CGGUGUGCGCCGAGGGGCUCGGGGCGCGUACGGGAGGCUGCCCGGCACCUACCGACCGGUCCCGACCCGGCCCGCCCGGUGCCGCCGGGGCGCCCCGACUCGGCCCCCGCCAUGGGCACCGGCCCCGGGACGGGACCGGAGGCGGGACGAGGAUGCUGUGACCGCCGGCGGGGCCCUGCCCACCCGGCCGGCACCGGCAGCGGCUCCAGCCCCGGGCAGGGGGGCCCCCGGCGCCUCUCCCGCUGCAGCGGCUGAAGUUGUGGAAGGUGGUGGUGGCUGCGAUGAGAGGGGCUCCUCGCCGUUCCCCCGCCCGGGGGGACCCCUGACGGUCCCUGUCCCCGCCUCAGAGACUGCUUCGGUUUGUUGGUUGGUUGCUUUGGUGUGAAGUUUUUUUAAUUUUUGUUACUGUUUUUAUUUUUCUCUUCUGUCCCGCGCUUGCUGCAGCCGAGGUGAAUGGCCCGCGGUGGGUGCAGCUGGCCUCACCGCCUGUGCAAGGGGAAGAUGCUGGCCGUGGGGGUGCUGGCCGGCCUCUCCUUGCUCAGCCUCCUCGCUUACGGCUACUUGUCCUGGGACAGCCUUGGACUCGGCCCCGGAGAGACUGAGGCGACGAGGAGCGAGCUGGGAGAGGAGCUGGGGGCCGGCGCCCCCAGCUCGCAGCCUCACAUCAUCUUCAUCCUGGCUGACGAUCAGGGAUUCAGAGACGUAGGGUACCACGGAUCAGAGAUCAGGACGCCCACUCUGGACAAGCUAGCUGCUGAAGGGGUUAAACUGGAGAACUAUUAUGUUCAGCCUAUGUGCACACCAUCCAGAAGCCAAUUUAUCACUGGAAAGUACCAGAUCCACACCGGCCUUCAGCACUCCAUCAUACGGCCAACCCAGCCCAACUGCUUACCUCUGGAUAAUGUCACGCUACCUCAGAAGCUGAAGGAGGUUGGGUAUUCGACACACAUGGUUGGCAAGUGGCACUUGGGGUUCUAUCGCAGAGAGUGCAUGCCCACUCAGAGGGGCUUUGACACGUUCUUUGGCUCACUCCUGGGAAGUGGUGACUAUUACACCCACUUCAAGUGUGACAGCCCUGGGAUCUGUGGCUAUGACCUGUACGAGAACGACAACGCGGCUUGGGAUCACGACACUGGCAUCUACUCGACGCAGAUGUACACCCAAAAAGUACAACAGAUCUUAGCUUCUCACAACCCCAGGAAACCUAUAUUCUUAUAUAUUGCUUACCAAGCUGUUCAUUCACCUCUCCAGGCACCAGGCAAGUAUUUUGAACAUUAUCGGUCAAUAAACAACAUCAACCGGCGAAGGUACGCUGCGAUGCUGGCUUGUCUGGAUGAAGCCAUAAACAAUGUCACCCUGGCUUUAAAGAAGUAUGGUUACUAUGAGAAUAGCAUUAUCAUCUAUUCUUCAGACAAUGGUGGGCAGCCAAUGGCUGGAGGAAGUAACUGGCCUCUCCGAGGAAGCAAAGGGACCUAUUGGGAAGGAGGUAUCCGUGCUGUUGGGUUCGUCCAUAGCCCCCUUCUGAAGAACAAAGGGUCUGUGUGUAAGGAGCUUGUGCACAUCACAGACUGGUUCCCCACUUUGCUCACGCUCGCAGAAGGGCAGAUUGAUGAAGAUAUCCAGCUGGAUGGCUAUGAUAUAUGGGAAACCAUUAGCGAAGGCAGGCGUUCUCCACGGGUGGACAUCUUGCACAACAUUGACCCCAUUUACACCAAAGCCAAAAACGGGUCCUGGGCAGCUGGCUAUGGGAUCUGGAACACUGCAAUUCAGUCUGCUAUCAGGGUGAAUCAUUGGAAACUACUGACGGGCAAUCCGGGAUACAGCGACUGGGUCCCUCCCCAGGCCUUCAGCAACGCGGGCCCCAACCGCUGGCACAACGAACGUGUUUCUUGGUCAGCUGGCAAGACCGUGUGGCUUUUCAACAUCACUGCUGAUCCCUACGAGCGAGUGGACCUCUCCACGAGGUAUCCUGACGUCGUGAAGCAGCUGUUGCAGAGACUUUCCCAGUUCAAUAAGACAGCAGUUCCUGUUCGAUACCCACCUAAGGACCCUCGGAGUAACCCAAAGCUGAAUGGAGGAGUCUGGGGCCCGUGGUUUAAGGAGGACGAAAAAAAAAAGAAAUCAGAUAAAAGUAAAGGUGCAAAUAAGCAAAAGAAAAACAAGAAGAAAGCCAAUCGGAAAAAAGGGCAGUUGUUACAUUGUCGCUCGCGUCUUGCUGGUGGAUAGACUUUUAAGCACACUGUUUUGCCAAGUCUAAGUCAGCUUGGCCCAACUUUCUUGAACUUGUGACAGAAUAUACGGGAAAUGCUAGCUCUGCACGAUGGAUGAAAGUUGUCAUCUUUUAAUUUUUUCUCUGAUUUCACCAGCACAAGAUAUCUCAACACUCUGCCCUGAGUGCCCACGUGACAAACUUUCUCCUCUGCAGGAUGGAUGGUGCUCACCCAUCACAGCUACCUUCCAGAUAACAACGGUGGUAACACCUGAUCUCAGCACAUUCAUUUUUGAUGGACAAAUGAUGGUUCCUUGUCUAAAUGAAUUGGAAUAUUUGGAGAGUAUAGCAAUGUUAAUGGCUGCUCUUCUCAAACUGGCAGAUUAUUGAUAGAGAGAAAAGAAAAACAAAACUUGAGAACCUCUGUGGGUCAAAACCUGUUAGUCACCACCCUAUGACAUUUUUUGAUGCACCACAGCAAAAACAAAGCCAUCAGACUAACUUUUUAGAGGUGCUGGGGAGGGGGGGGCAUGAUAGGAGGAAAGCUGCUCUGAAUUAGACUUUGUCUUUCUUACAUAAACCAGAAAGAUUUUUAAAGUUUCCUAAAUGUGCUAAGCUCCCCCCAUUUGUAGGGAAACCUAGAGACAUGAACAGCCAGCACACACCACGCUUAAUUUAUUAUAGGGACAGACAAAAACGUAUCGCCAAAGUGAAUGUAAUAUUUAAACAAUUUAAGAUAACUAGACAACAAUAUGUAAAAAACAUAAUUUAUUUACAGCACAAUACUUACUUCUCUUCUAUUAAAACUUUAAUUACUGGGUGAUGCGAGGUGCGCCUGUGGGUGCUAGGGUUGUUUGGGUUUGUUUGUUUUCCUUUGAUUUGUAAUUUUAUUUCCACUCCAUCAAUCAGAGUUUUAUUUAACAGAUCCAUAUCCUCAGAGUACUGUAGAACAAGAAAAUACUGUAUACACUGCUAGGAUGAGGUAGGAGAAAAAUUCAGGUGCAUCAUUUCAUUUGCCUCCAAUUAUUUUGAAUGUAACAGUGAUUAUUUAAUUUAGUAGUCACGUGAAUAUUGUUCAGUUUCUGUACAGAAGCUAGGCCAUCUUUAUGUUUGGGGAGAAAAUUCUACUUUAAACCUUUUAUUUAUGUAUCUAUUAAAAUAGUUUAUUUUUAUGGCA